AUGGCAGACCUGCCGAUCAUCGAGGUCCAAGAGCAGCUGUUGGCGCACCUGCAAUCUGCGCGUGCGGCCCUCACCCAGACGCCCCCCGGGCUGGGGCGUGAUGAGGUGGGCGAGGUGAUUGAGGAGCUGGCCAACUCUGGCGCCCUGCUGGCCACGGUGAAGAAAGACCUGGACGCCAUCUACGCCCGGCUGCGCGGCAUGCGGCACGCGCUUGCGGCUGCCUACCCUCAGCAUGCUGUGCAGCCGGCUGGUGGGCAGGCAGGCUUGGAGGAGGAGGAAGCGGAGGCGGAGGAGGAGCGGCGACGACAACGGCAGGGGCGGCCGGCGGGUCAAGGAGAAGAGGAGCGCGGAGCAGAGCAAAGGCAGGAGGCGCAGGGGGCAGAGCAGCGGCAGGAGCAGCCCGGGGAGCACCCAUCGGAGCAGCUAGUAGCAGCCGAGCAGCAAGUGCGGCAGAAGAGCGGCGGCGGUGACGGCGGCGGUCGUGGCCGGGGUGGGCGCGGGCGUGGCCCUGCUGGCCGCGGCGGGCGUGGCCGCGGCCGCACCGAGAAGCCCAAGACGGCCGAGGACCUGGAGCGCGAGAUGGACGAGUACUGGCUCCAGGAUGACAAGAUGGCUUCCAAGAAACUGAAUGACGACAUGGAUGACUACUGGAAGACGGCACCCAAGAAGGGCGAUGCGCCCGCGGCGGCGGCGGCCCCCAAGGCGGCGGUGGAGGCUGAGGCGGCAGAGGAGGCUGCCGCUGAGUGA